AUGCAAGAAGGGGUACAGUCUCCAGUAACAGAUUUCCUCGUGAAUGGCUGUCCUCCUAUGGACAAAGCAUGCACACAAAAAUCUGGCAUAUUCAGCAAGGUUUUAGAUGAAAUACAUGAUCAAGAAUGUGUCUUAAAGCAAACUGUAAGCAGUAAAACUAAAUUUGUCUUCUUGAGCUUUCCAUCCAAAUGGCAAGGUGGAGCAUCAAAGGAGAAAAGUACAAUUGAGAAUUGCAUGAAAGGGUUGUUUAACUCAUUGCGCGAUAUGUACAGCGAGUCUGACCCAUUACAACCAAUGGUUGUGCAGAUUGAUCUUCAGGAUUUGAAUGGAUUUCCACUUAAAAAGGCUCUGAAGCCAAUUAUAUCGAUAUUGAAUUCUGAACUUUUGCUUUUUGAACAUCCAGUUUGCCUUGUGUUAUCUGUGGUUGAAGAAACAGAUGCUGAAGAUUUAACAGCAGCUUUUAAAGAUGUUAUGGAAAGGAACGUAAUAGCAGGAAAAUUUGAGAAUUAUACAAGCAGUGACCACAAGCGUCCUUUGUCCAGAGUGGCCAUAAAACUGGGAAAGAUUGCCAAGCAGCAGUGUGAGGUUUUAGUGAAUACCACUACUGCUGAACUUGACUUGACAAAUGGUGCAGUUUCAAAGUCUGUUCUGGAUGCAGCUGGGAAUGGUAUUAUCAGAGAGUGUACAAAGACGUAUCCUGAAGGAAUUAAUAUUGGUCAGAUUGCUAAGACCUCUGGUGGAAAGAUAAAAUCAUGUUCUGAUAUCUACCAUGGAGCUCUACAAUCAGAUGAGAAAAACAGAUAUAAGGCAAGAGUCAAUAUUGUCAGCUAG